AUGUCCGAAUUUGACAAGAUCGUCAACAAUGAACUGCUUGAAUCCACGAGGGACAUGCUCGAGCAUAUCAAGAACAAGGCCCAAGGCAACAGAGAUGCCAAAAAAAUACGAAUCGCGAAGUACAUGGACAACUUCACAAAGGGCACUCCCGAAGUCGACAAUGACAAAUUCAACAACAUCAUGCGUCUCGGGGCCAUUGGUGCGUAA